AUGCAGGACGUCUUUCUGAUGCCCGCCAGUCAGACUGGUGGUCGUCGGACCAGCGCGGACUAUCGACCCGGCAUAAAAAAAGCCCAGGGCCAUGUCCCUGCGUGCCUGGUCAAUGCCUCGGUGACGUACUGCAGCAAUGAUCGCAUUUAUGCAUUCGGCGGAUUUGACCAGUUUACCGAUGAAGUUUAUAACCACGUGCUCAGGCUGGACUUGGAGACUCUACGUUGGGAGCUCGUUGACAACUAUGGCGAUAUCCCCGGAGUUCGCAUGGGACACACGGCCACAUUAUAUCAAGGGGAUAAAUUGAUUGUGUUUGGAGGCGAAAAUGAACAUCGCGAAUACCUUUCCGACGUUGUCAUCCUCGAUCUCAAUACCUUCACCUGGACACUUCCCGAAAUUCGCGGGUCGAUCCCGCGCGGACGAGCCCGCCAUGCUGCUGUCAUUCAUGAAGAUAAGCUUUUUAUUGUGGGUGGAGUGACAGGCAUAGGAGGCGUGACAGGGGAGAAGAAUGUGAUUUUGGAUGAUUUGACCUACUUGGAUCUACAGACAUGGACCUGGUCUCGAACAUGGAGCUUCACUGCUCGCUUUGACCAUACAGCUUGGGUUUGGGGCACCCGGCUCUGGAUAUUUGGUGGAUUGGGUCCAAACAUGGAACGGACGACUGAUAUCUGGUGGCUCGACCUUAAGGGAUCUCCAUCGCUGGCCGGAAAUGCCACUCCCCAAGGUAGAGUCAACUCCCUGGACGUCAAUCUUCCUGCGGCUCAUCUUCCAGACUCUAUCUCUAGCAGCCCUCACCAAAUGUCUCCCCGCUCCGGAAUAUACGCCGCCAAUUCAGGCAGUGUGCAGGUACGCAAUUUGGGCCGACGCAAGCCAGUUGCGCCUGGUGCCAUAUCUUGUCUUAGGUUUGAUUCUGGUCCUCAUGUUCCCUCCCUCUUUUCUGGUACUCAUUUUCAUUCAUUUGCCUCUGGUGUCCUGCUCGACUUAAUCACGCCCUCGGAGACCGUACGGUCGCAUGAUUGUAACCUGUCAGCUCUGGACCUGAACUCGCUGCGCUGGCAACGGCUGGCCGAUGGCCAAGAGAUCUUCCGGCCUGGCUAUCGAUGGCACUACUGCACUGUCAAUGACGCGGGGACCAAAGCAUGGCUCUUGGGGUGUAGUCUUGAUGUCGCGAAUGUACCGGGAGGUAGCGACGAGAAUCAUAUGAGUGAAGUCCUGACUAUCGACCUGGAAAAGUAUGGUUUGCUAGGUAACGGCUUGUCGGCAGAACCUCCCGAACAAGGUGCACCUUGGCCGUCUGAUCAGAUGGGCUCUCAGGUUUCCGGGCUUGGAACCGAUCUAGCCGCUGUUUUUGACAACCCCCCUGAAUCUGGAAGUGGCACGGACUUUGUCAUCACUGCUAUUCGUGAUGAUCACGACGGGUCUGUCUCGGAAGAUGUGGGCGAUACACCGUCCGUUUCCCCAACCCAAGCCCAGCCGACCUUUGUGGAACAGAACCCCUGGACUUCGGAGCCUAUCCAUGUCCACCGUAUCAUUCUCCAGCUCAGAUGGCCACAUUUCAAGCGCUUGUACUCCGCCCAGAUGGCCGAGUACCACACUAAGCGGAUGCACAUUCCCGAGCCUUAUUCUGUCGUGCGCGCGUUUCUCUAUUACCUAUACACAGACAGUAUUGCCGGCCAUCCAGACUAUUGCUCGAGUGUUAUUGACGUGGCGGGUAUGCUUGUCAUGGCCAAUCUUUAUGACAUGCCGAAGCUUCGCCUCCUGUGUGUCAAUAGGUUAGGCCAAGAGCUUGAUGUAGACAACGCGGCCAUCGUCUGGGAGCGUGCGGGGCGGACCAAUGAGCACUGGCUGAUGCGCCGAGCAGCACAAUUUUGCAUGACAUACUGGGGUCGCGUGGUGCGGACAGACGGUUUCAAAUCCCUCAGCCACCAGAGUUUGAUUCAACUCUGUGAGGUAGUGGAUACAGAAGGUCGCGUUUUCGCAGGGCCUGAAUUGGAGAUGGUCACAUUCGGCGCAGAUAGCCUAGGUGACCGAGACAAAAGCUCUCGAAUGCGGCUGGGAUCUGCCACAGACGAGAUGUCCGAGGUUGAGGCGGACGACGAAGGAAUGGAGAUCUCAUGA